CCCCCCCCCCAGGAAAACGGUUGAUUGGCGAUGCUGUUCGCUCGUGCUGCCGUCGUCACCACUGUCACGCUGACGCACAUCGACGACUCUCUCAAUGACUGGCUACCAUCCCCCCCUUCAGUCGGAGGCACCAGCAGCAGCAUGUCUGCACUCUCGCGCACAGCUAACUUAUGCUUUCUGGAUAACCCGCUCAAGCUCGUCUAUCUCGUCUUAAUAUUCACCAUCAUCUCCCCUCUUGCCAAGUCUUUCUGGCUAACCCGCUCAAGCUCGACAAACCAAACCGCAAAUCUCCCACGAGCGACCCUCACAGCUGCUCACUCACUUGUUGCCAGCACUCAUCGUAUAUCUCGUGCUCGGGACGUUGCAACCAAAUACCUAUUCAAUCUGAUCACGUUGAUUUCUUGUCUCAUGUGCUACCCGCCACUGGCGUAUGCCAUCCUUGAGCCCCUUACCCUUCUGCGUCACGCAGGCGAGAACGAGUUUACGGGCGAGUACAACCCAGUGUACGAAUUCCACUCUGAGUGCACCAGCAUCGCGCCGCAACUCACAGACGACUACAAAGCAUUCGGUCCUGUGCACCGACAACUCUCCUCUCUGUGUAGCUUGUCAAACUGGAAUUCUGAUCGGGCACGCGCUCUCGCCAGUCAGCUUGUGAGCAAAUGCUAUUUUUCAGGGGAGGUUACUGAUUUGCGACUUGCAACUUAUAAAAAUCAAGAUUCGCUGGAUAAAGUCACUCCUCAGAUGAAGUGCACUGGGGUCCGGCCUUUCAAGGACAAGAUAGCCGAUACAACGAAUGACGUUCGGCAUAAAGAUCUGAAGCAUUUGUUAUUCCGUUGUGCAGUGCUUCUCAGAUCCUUGGAGAAGCUCUACCGUUUGAGGUUUUCACCCCCGGUCGCUGCGGGUAUUGAAACGUGGAUAUGGGUCAUCGCGAAGUGUCCUAACAUGGAAGUGGCCAUCAUGUGCGAAGUGCUCAAAUCUUGGUUUGGGACCGUGAAGGAGCGGAAGGGCGUUUUCUCGGCCUCAUCAAAGUUUGUCGAAAUUCUCAUGCUGCAUACCUUGUCUGUCUGGGUUAAUCCUACAAACGAAGCAAAACGACGCAGUGACCCCCAUGGCCUGCUCGAGCGCACCAUGCUUGAGUAUAUCAUUGUUUGGGCACCUGUCGCUCUUGCGAUCGCUGUUCCUUUCUUCGAGCAACGAUACGGCAACGAUCCGCUCUUGCUACAAUAUGGCCAUCAAGUCCUGAAGCAGCGUCCUGUCAACCUAACAUUCUUUUUCGUUCCGCAAGUCAUCCAGGCCCUUCGCUUUGAUGGCCUUGUUCAUCUUCGAAACCGCAAAGGUCGUUUGCCACCAGGAUAUGGAACGUGA